UCGAUGCGCGCAUUGUGUCGCCGAGAGCGCAUCGCAAGCAUUAAGAGAGUAAUCUUGCCAGUCGUACCUCGGCUUCCAAAAGCACCGCCGCGUAUCCUACCAUCAUCCGCCCCGUCUUGCGGCCGUAGCUUUCACUCGACGUGAGCAUACUCACUUACUUAUACUCUACGCGCUUCACAUCUAUCCAUUUCGCGAGUACUCACUGCUGUCAUCGCUUGCUCACUCAUCAGCCCCAGUCCUACACUUUCCCAAUCAGACAAGCACGACCACACGGAACCUGCCUGGAAAACACCGCGCAUAAUGCCUAUGGAAAAGUACCAGUUUGUGAGCAACGUCUGGAAAGAUGGCAUCUUCGACAACAAAGUCGUUUUCUGCACAGGAGGCGCAGGGUCAAUCUGCUCCGCUCAAGUCCGGGCCAUGGUCGCCCUAGGAGCAGACGCCUGCAUCAUCGGCCGUAACGUAGAGAAGACGGAGAAUAUGGCCAAAGACAUCGCAACUGCACGUUCAGGCGCAAAGGUAAUCGGCAUCGGCGCAAUCGACGUCAGGAAGCCAGAACUCCUCGAACAAGCCGCACAACGCUGCGCCAAAGAACUCGGCAGCAUCGACUUCGUCAUCGCAGGCGCAGCAGGAAACUUCCUCGCGUCCAUUGACCAGAUCUCGCCUAACGCCAUGAAGAGCGUCAUCGAUAUCGACGUACUGGGCAGCUACAACACCGUCAAGGCUACACUACCAUAUCUGAAGGAAUCAGCAGCGAAGCACAGGACAGAUGGCACUACACAGCCCGCCAACGGAACAGGCGGGCGCAUCAUCUUUGUCAGCGCAACUCUGCAUUACCAAGGCACACCUCUCCAAAGCCAUGUCUCGGUCGCAAAGGCAGGUGUAGACGCCAUGGCCAUGUCCGUCGCUAUCGAGCAAGGCCCCAGAGGCAUUACAUCCAACAUCAUCGCCCCCGGACCCAUUGCGGACACCGAAGGCAUGUCGCGACUAUCAAAGUCCGACUCCAGGAGCAAGGCUGCCAAGACCAUUCCAAUCGGUCGUUGGGGCACUGUCAAGGAGAUUGCUGAUGCCACGGUCUAUCUGUUCUCUGAUGCGGGUAACUUUGUCAACGGAGAGACUCUGGUUGUUGAUGGCGGUGCAUGGCACACGGCGGGUGUCGUCGGUGGCUUCGAGUAUCCAGACUUCUUGCUCAGUGGAGAGGCUGUUACGGGUGUAGCAGGAGGAAAGAAGUCGAAAUUGUAAGUCAAAAGUGUAGGAAUGUACUUGGCCUGAAUUGAAGACAAGAGAAUCUCCCUACAUGCUAAAGUCAAUUGGAAUGAGUGGGAUAUAUCAUGUGAUUCUGAUUGAAUGUGUGCCAGCAAAGCAUUGUGCUGUGCCGUUCUCUCGUACAAGCAAGGGGAUGGACAUGUACUUCGAGCCGACUUCAUAAUGCCCCUGCCAUGCUUGUCCAAGUUGGAGAUGGUGUGAAGACAUCCUAGCUGCAGUUCACGGUGCGGCUGAUUCCACACCUCGGGUCGCUAUAACACCAAUGUUCGAGCCUCAACGUUUUGGAAUAAUGAAAAUAC